CAAAUGAGAAGGAGAUUGUGAAAAGCGCAGAAAGAUAGAAGCAGAGAAGCAAGCAGCCGCUGCCCCCAAAAGCAAAAGCCCAACGAAAAGCGAGGAAUGACAACACCCUUGCAUUUGAGGCUCUUCCUGCCUCUCACCUCCAUUACUCCCUAUUCUUCUUCUUCUUCUUCCUCCUCAGACUUCCCCUGCAAGUCCUUCAAAUCCUUUCACUCUGCAAGCCCUAAUUUCAACCUUUCUUCCCUCUCAUCUCACAGCCACACAUGUGCUCGAAACAGGACAUCCACUCGCUCCAAACCCAAGUGGCUUUGUGGACGCUUGAGAAGUGAUCAAGACAUAGGUAGUCGAUCAAAUGAAGACGCGAGCGCGACUGGUGUGAGUAUGUUUGGCUCGGAUGAAGAAGGAGGUACCCAAAUCCCAACCCAGGCUCAAUCUGUUGUCGAAGGAUCAGGGGCAGUUAUGGUUUCAGAGUAUAGACCUGUGGACGAUGUGGAUUAUCUACAGGAGUUAUUAGCCAUUCAGCAACAAGGGCCCAGAGCCAUUGGUUUCUUUGGGACCCGGAAUAUGGGAUUCAUGCAUCAAGAACUUGUUGAGAUUCUCAGCUAUGCGAUGGUGAUCACUAAAAAUCACAUAUAUACAUCAGGGGCUUCCGGUACUAAUGCAGCUGUCAUCAGGGGUGCUUUAAGAGCAGAGAAACCAGAGCUGCUUACUGUAAUCUUGCCCCAGAGUUUGAAGAAGCAACCACCCGAGAGCCAGGAAUUAUUGUCAAAAGUCAAGAAUGUGAUAGAAAAGCCUCAAAAUGAUCAUCUACCACUGAUAGAAGCGAGCAGGUUGUGCAAUAUGGACAUCAUUUCACAUGUACAGCAAGUUAUAUGCUUUGCGUUUCACGACAGUAGAUUGCUCAUGGAAACUUGUCAAGAGGCCAAAAAUCUCCGCAAAAUUGUGACUCUCUUCUACCUGGAUUAAGCACCUCCUUCCCUUGUUCAUCUGUCCAUACAUUUUGAGUGAGAGAAGGGGAGAGAGCGCUUCUAUUUCUGUUUGUAUAAAAUUAGAUGGAAGCGACCAAAUAUCAAUGAAGUAGCUUGGAAGUUGAUUAA